AAAUGAAAUUGAAGAACUACAAUGAAGAUAUUAGGUUCAAAGUAAGGUAGAGAUAUGCUACAAUAUCUGAUUGCAUAUCAAAAACUAUUGAUUCUGAAAUGGUACCUUUAGUGAAACCUCGAUCUCAUAAUAGUACAGCAAAGAAAAUUCAAAUGUCUGCUAUGAUUUCACUCUAGUAUCCUUUUCAAUUUUACAACUAGACCAAAGAGUAUUGAUACUUUUUUUAAUUAUAAACCAAGACUUUCCAAGUCUUAAAAACCAUCAAAUUUACAAUCAUCAAAAUUCUAUAGAAAAUUUAUUGAUCCAAAAUAUAUUACUAGAUCUAUUGAUUAUUCAAAAUUAGAAGAUUCCCAAAAUAAAAUUAAAAAAAAGAAACACUAAAAUUAGAUAGUAUAAUUUUAGGCUAUUUAUAAUAAAAUGAAACUCAUUUUAGAUUCAUACAAAAGUAGAGAAAGAAUUCUUCUAUAAUAUAUUUCUAAAUUAAAACAAGAAUUAAUUACACUAAAAUAAGGGCAUAAUUAAACUCUUUGA